GCGGGCGGGAGGGGCCGGCGCAGAAGCGGUGCCGAGAGGGAGCGCGGAGCUGCGCCAGGCGGCGCGGGAGGGCAGCGCAGGAUUUCCCCCGGCGAGGCGGAGCAGCCGCCCCGAGAGCGGCCGGGCGGCAGCUCCGCCGCCCCGGGAUGCUGGUGGCAGUCCCGGGCGUGUCCCCCUGCGCUCUACAUGGGCUCUCUCCGACGGGACUCCGCACCUGUGGAGCGGGAUGCUCCACGCCGCAUCGGAGGGGGGGCAGCGGCGCCGGCGGCACCCAGGCUGGACAAACGCUGCACAGCUAUGGAGAAUGAACCCAACACAACGACAUGUUCUGCAUCCAGCACGACCGUCACCAGCACUUCCACUUCCCGCACGCCGCUGCCGCAGAUCUCCGUCUACAGCGGCUCUGACAGACAUGCUGUCCAGGUUAUUCAGCAGGCCUUGCAUCGUCCUCCUAGCUCAGCUGCUCAGUACCUCCAGCAGAUGUAUGCAGCCCAACAGCAGCAUUUAAUGCUGCAGACUGCUGCUCUGCAGCAGCAGCACUUAAGCAGUACCCAAUUUCAGAGUCUGGCAACUGUUCCACAGGCAAGCCUGUCAGGUGGGAGGCAAUGUACUUCCCCCACUGGGAGUGUCACUCAGCAGUCAAGCAUGUCGCAGACCUCGAUUAACCUCUCCACCUCUCCUACACCUGCACAGAUAAUAAGCCGUUCUCAGACCUCCAACACCACCAGCAGCAGCAUCACCCAACAGACGAUGUUGCUGGGCAGCACCUCUCCCACCCUGAGUGCCAGCCAGGCUCAAAUGUAUCUACGAGCUCAGAUGCUUAUUUUUACUCCUGCGACCACUGUGGCUGCUGUCCAGUCUGACAUUCCUGUAGUCUCCUCAUCCUCCUCAUCUUCCUGUCAGUCUGCAGCUACUCAGGUUCAGAACUUGACGUUGCGCAGUCAGAAGCUGGGUGUGUUGUCAAGUUCACAGAAUGGCCCACCAAAGAGCAGCAGUCAAACUCAGUCCCUGUGCUCCAGCAAGGCUGUCAGCAGCUCCAAGGGCAGCCAGCCCGAGCCCUCGGAAAGCAACAGGAAAGGCGAGAGCCCCGCUGCCGAGUGCCGGAGCACGCCGGCCACACGGACAUCCAGCAUCCACCACUUGAUCACACCAGCUUCAUAUUCCCCAUUGCAACCUCAUUCUCUAGUAAAACAUCAGCAGAUCCCACUUCAUUCACCACCUCCAAAGAUUUCCCAUCAUCAGCUGAUCCUGCAGCAGCAUCAAGUCCAGCCGAUUGCGCUCCAGACUCCUCCGGGCCAGGAGCCGCCUCCGUCCCAGCACUGUCUGCCCGUCCCCAGCCAUGCGCUGCCUCCGGCUCCCAGCAGCGUCCCGCCCCACUGCUCCCCUCUCCACGUCCAUCCUCCGCCUCUCACGCUCUCCCCUACCCCGUCCCAGUCAGCUCAGCAGUCAGUGGUGGUGUCCCCUCCGCCGUCCCACUCCCCGAGUCAGUCACCCACCAUCAUUAUUCACCCUCAAGCCCUUAUCCAGUCCCAGGCCAGCUCCCUGGUGCCGGCGGCUCUGCAGCCCGAGCCGGCCGCUCCGCAGGCGGCUGCCGCCAGCCCGGUGCGGCCGUCGCAGCCGCUCAGCCUCCCGCAGCACCUGCCGCUGCCGCCCUCGCCCGCCGUGCACAUCGGGGCCGUGGAGCCGCCCCCCUUGGUUUCCCCGGGCCAGCAGCUCGUGUCCUCCACGCCGCACCAGCAGUAUCCAGCCCUGCAAUCCGCUCCCAUCCCUCUGGCAGCUCCGCCUCAGCUCUCGGCAUCCUCAACCCAGAUUCAACCGCUGCCCUUGCAGUCUGUGCAGUCGUUACAAGUGCAGCCUGAAAUUCUGUCCCAAGGCCAGGUUUUGGUUCAAAACACUUUGGUUUCUGAGGAAGAACUUCCUGCUGCAGAGGCUUUGGUCCAGCUGCCGUUUCAAACUCUUCCACCGCCACAGACGGUCGCAGUAAAUCUGCAGGUGCAGCCCUCAGUUCCGAUUGAAACUCCAGUGAUUUACCAAGUGGAGAAUGUGUGUGAAGAGGAGAUGCCCGAGGACUCAGAUUGUGUCCACAUGGCAAGAACACCUACACCACCCACCUUGUCCCCACCAGCCAUAACCUUGGGUAAUGGAGAGGCUCUUAAUUCAGAAGAUCCUUUGUCAGAACAUGGGGGACUGCCUUCAGUGACAUCAUCAGUCAGUGCCUCAGUAAUUAAAUCUCCAUCUGAUCCUUCCCAUGCCUCUAUUCCACCACCACCUCUUUUGCUUCCAGCAGCAACGACAAGGAGCAGCAGCACAUCCAUGCCCAAUAGCAUUCCCAGCCUAGAAAAUAAACCUCCACAGGCUAUUGUUAAACCCCAGAUACUGACCCACGUCAUCGAAGGCUUUGUGAUUCAGGAGGGGUUGGAGCCAUUUCCUGUCAGUCGUUCAUCUUUGCUGGUGGAACAGCCUGCAGAGAAGAGAUUGCUGGUGGAGGGUCAGAUCAUGAGUGUGGUGUGUGUUGAGUCAGACUUGCAGAACACAAAACAUGCAGACAAUUCAUCAGACACAGAGAUAGAGGAUAUGAUUGCAGAAGAGGGACUGGAAGAAAUUGAAAACGAUCUUCUGAAGUGUGAAUUUUGUGGGAAAAUGGGAUAUCCCAAUAAGUUUCUGCGGUCAAAAAGAUUCUGCUCCACAUCCUGUGCCAAAAGGCACAGCCUUAGUUGCACUAAGAAAUUUGGGCUGUUUCCAUCAGACAAGACCAGUCGUUGGAAUCGGAAGUCAGAUAGCCAAAGUCUUGGGCGACGCGGGCGUCGGCCGAGUGGCCCUGAGGGGGCGUCACGAGAUCAUUUUCUUAGACAGCUUCCAAUUACUUAUCCAUCUGCAGAAGAAGAUCUGGCUCCUCAUGAAGACGCUGUUCCCACGGCCAUGACCACGCGGCUCCGGAGGCAGAGUGAGAGGGAGAGGGAGCGGGAGCUCCGGGAGCUGAGGAUGCGGAAAAUGCCGGAGAGCAUCGACCUCCUGCCCGUGGUGCAAACUGACCCCUCAGUAUGGACUGUCGAUGAAGUUUGGGCUUUUAUACAUUCUCUGCCUGGUUGUCAAGAUAUUGCAGAUGAAUUUAGAGCACAAGAAAUUGAUGGACAAGCUCUCCUUUUGUUGAAGGAGGAUCACCUUAUGAGUGCAAUGAAUAUUAAGCUUGGACCUGCAUUGAAAAUCUGUGCACGUAUCAAUUCCUUGAAAGAAUCCUAGGAGGUGAACAUGAAGGUUUAAACAACAGUUUCUCAGUGACAGAACCAACAGUAAUAUGCCAACAUCUUCACUGUGGCAUGAGUGUUACUGUGAUAUUUUGUUAAGUAGGUGGGGCUCUCCCCACAUAAAGACUUUAAAAUGUUCCUUUUAUUAUACCAGGAGUCCUCUGUAGUUUUCAACAACUAAUAAGUUUAUAGUACAGCCUGAGUAAUGCUUUGAAUUGAAAUUUUUCAUGGAAAAACAUGAAGUGAAAUAUGCUGUGAUAGGUUAGAUAUUCUCCAACAUGUACUUCAUUUUAUGAGUUAUGAUUAACACCCCAGUCCCCACCCCAAUCCAGACACCAUUUCAAUUGUGUUGCUGUAUUCUGAACGAUUUUUCCCACAUACAGCAGUGUUUGGACUGAACUAACAGAGUGUCCACAGGCCCUGUGGAAGCACUAGUACCAGUAAAAUGCUAUGCAUUUAGUUGUGCUCUCUGAGUUUGUUUUAGUCUUGAGCAAAUUGUUUGUAAGGGGUAGGUUAGCAGCUGGUUUUCCUCGUGUAGGCUUACCCUCAUCUCUGCCACUAUAGUAUUUUCUUGAAGUCUGUAAAAUACUAUAAACCAUGUAGAUGUCUCAUCGAAAUCCUCAUGAUCAGGCUACUGACACUCCUGCCAGAGGUAACUGAAGCACAUAUUACUUUACUCUUUGAAUGCUGCUAUGCACUAAGGGGGCAUUAAGUGUUAGGUUUGUAAUUUCACAUGCUGCUAGUUAAGUUAAAUCAGCAGUUCUCAAAUGGGGGUUCAGAGUGGACCCCGAGGAAGUGUGGGAGCACUUGGGGUUCAGGUUCCCAAAUGCCUGGAUGUGAGGGGCUGAAAACUGCAGCCAGGACCAGCUCAUGUUGAGACAAGUUACAAGUUGCUUUAGAGCCUGAGGGAAGAAGGGACAGCAUAACUCGGAUGUUCUUUUUCUCGAUACCUCUUCUAACAUGUCUUUCCCUGUAGUGCAUUUCCAUUGCUUCACUGGAAGCUUCCAAGCACCUUUUCCUUGUCCAGUGGCCAGUGUGAGCUGUGCUUGCAGUACUCUGAGGAAGGAGCAGUGAGGCUCCCUCAGAGCUUGUGCAGGAGCAGCUGCUGAAUGCCUGGAGCUGCAGGUCAGCAGGAGGCAUGCCAACGUUGGCAACUCUGGGAGAAUGUCCUGGUUUAGGGCAAAUCUGGGAGGACCAGGACAGAGAAAUAUCCAGGGGCCCUGCUUGGUCCCUCUGACAGGAGAUUUUGUCUUGGAUGCUGCAGACCCAGGUGGUGGAUUUUAGUGUCCCCCUCCAUCUUCCCGCUCUCACACUCUGUGGAACAAAUACAUUUCCCCAGUUACUGAUGCUCUUGGAAGCUGCCUGGGCUCUGAGGCAGCAGCACCUUCUUGGCCUUUACUUCCCCACCACCUGUGCACCAAUGCUCUUGGAUGUAUUUUGUCCUUCUGUUCCCUCCCUUUUGCAGCCCCACUCCCCUUAUGUACAGACCUGAAUCCUUAAGCUCUUGUUUAGGGAAAGAAGGGUACGUGUGCUGAUAGUCACUGUGUAUAUUUGAAUUAAAUAUGUGUAUGUGUCUGCAAAUAAUGUAUUUUUUUGUAUUUUAUGCAAAUUAAUGCAUAAUAUAUGAUUGUGUAGGGAGGUAUUCGGGGGCUGUACAGUAUUCCUGAAGAGAGGAGGAACUGACCGAAAGUUUUGAGAACUGCUGCCCUAGAUCAAAAGGGGUCAAUGCACAUACACUGGCCAAAAGGCAGGUUUGUGACAGACAGAUUAAUAUGUAUAUUAUUUAACUGAUGACCCUGAAGAGUAAAUUUGAAUUACAGAAAAUCUGUGCUUCAUUUUCCUUUAAUUACACUAUUGCUUUGUUUCCACUAACAGAUUUUCUACCAUUACCUUCUAGAGAUCAACAUUAGAAUCAUUGUUCUUAAUUACAACUGUUUGAGCUUGCUAAUAGCAGAUGUUAUUAAUGAUUUUAUUAACCACUUGAGCUGCAAGUUAGGACAACACGUUGCAGUUGCACGCUGGUAUGUGGUGAGAACCCUUACCCAAAUGGCACCAAAGCUUUAGAAGAUGAAUUGAUGCCUGGGUUUAUUUUGGAGGGAAGUUGCUAAGCACUUUCUAGUUUUGUUUAUUGUUUUUUUUUUUUCUAUUUUCAGUUACUGUUGUAAAAUAAACUUCUUAGUUGAACUUCCAAUAUUUGCUAAUGUUCAUUUGAAAGACAUUCAAAUGACGGAGACAGUGGGUUCCCAUUUGUAGCAUUUCUGUAAGAUACACAGUGUAGCAUAUCUGUAACAUAUGUUCUAAAGGAUAUGUUCUGUUUUGAUGAGCUAACUGAAGACUAAAUAUAUCUUAGAUAUUUAUCCUUUGGCUUUUGUCUUAAAGUUUUAUUAUUUUUAUACAAAAAUCUCACUGGCUAAUUUUUAAUCUGUCUUCUGAUUGUACUGUUCUUAGACAAUGUAAAAAGUAGGGAUACAUAAAUGUGGUUUGAUAAUGGCUUAAGGUGUACUAGAAAAUGUGGACUUAGGGGUCUUAUUAAGACCUGUAGUAAAUCAGUGUUACAUGCAUGAGAAUUUCAUGGCUACUUUAAUUUUGCUUUAUUAGACAGCUUUCAGGAGAGCUUCUCCAGCUAGAGUUUGUGUCCAGCUCAGCCAGAAUCACUGCCAGGUGAUCAGAGCAGACCCCAGUAAGGCACAUCUGGUCCUGUUCAUCUGGUAUGUAACAUUCCCUGUGGGUUUGGGAGAGCCACAGAUAAUGAGUUAUGCUUUAAAUAUUCAUAAAUGCAGCAGCUUAGAAUAUGGGUCUUAUGCAUAUUGAAAUUUUUUUCUUCUUCUUCAGUGAUUUUGGCAAUUAACUGGAAGUUAAAAUCAGACACAGCUAUACCAACCUGUACUGAUAGAAGUGCACUUGUACAGGAGGGUUUGCCAGUGCAGCUGUGUCAAUAAAAUAUUUAUUUUUUUUUUAAAUCGCACUUGUAUAUGAAAGUAGGCUGGAAAUUUUCCAAGUGCUACUGAAGUCUACUUGGGAAGCUUAUGAAUUUUCUCAAAAAACCAAUAUAAUACUUAGAGUAACAAUCCUCCAGAACCAUUUUAUGUACCAGCCACUUGCUGUUCAGAUAGGUGAGGUUUUCCCAGACUUAUAUUAACCAUUUCCCAUGGCUUUCCCACAUGUUAGUCUGUACCCUCUUGCAAAAGAAGAAGUAUUAAAGAUUUUAAUUGUAUUUUAACACUUGUUCCCACAGGAUGUGUCUACAAGAAAUCUUUUUUUUUUAUUCUCUUUAUUUCCUGGGAUUUUGCUGGGUGUGGUGUGCCACUGCCUGGCAUGGCAGCUACAGCUAAUGCCAGUUUCAGAUGGAUGUUCUCAUUCUAAUACCCCAAUAUCCAUGCAGAAACUUCCACCUCAAGAGCUCAACAGAUUUCUUACACAAUGACAAAUCUACAGCUCUGAGUGAUCAAAGAAUUCAGUGACAGCUAUGCUGAGUCCUGGUUUUGCAAAUUAGACAUCCCCAUAAUUUAUAACAUGAGUAGUUCAGAUUGUACUGAGACUGCUCAUCUUAAAACUCAGCAUGUAUAAAAGCUUGCAGGAUUAUUCUCUCACCAGUAUUGUAUAGAGAUGUCCUGUUAGCUUAUACUUAGUAAUAUAUUUGUCAUCAUUAACCAGACAUUUCCUCAUUGAUUGUUUUAGGCUGCAGAUAAUGACAGUGCAAAACAAUCAAUCUAGGGUCGUUUUUUAAUACUCACCUAAAUUAGUUUAUUAGGGAUGGAGAGUAUUUUAAAUACACUGUUCCUGUUCAAUGCUGAGUGGAACAGGUAUGAACAGAGCUAUCAAUGAAUAAUUUCAGUGUAAAGUGCUAAUUGCUCAUAGUGAAUUAAUUUUCAAGUCACUCUUGCAUAGUGAGCAGUAGUUUCAGACAGGAAAUACUGCGAGGAGAAAGAAAUUUGAAAUUUAAUGCUUAGUUCAUUUAAGAUGAACCUAAAUUAAAUUAAUUUUAAAAGACUUUGCCUUUAGUAGUGAGAGUUUAUUUAGACCUGAAAGGUUCUAUGUAGUUAUAUCCCCUGGAUGGCUUUGCAAAUGGUGACAUUUGAAAAAGAGACAGUAAUGAUGCUCCAGUGCCAGCUGUGUGGGUUUUUUAGGAAGCUUUUUCAGGAAGCUGUCCCUGGUCUGAGCUGAUGGAGUCAGGGCCUGAGACGCAGACUGAGCACCAAGGCAGUGAACACACAGUACCCUAAUCCAUGAGAAUCAGCCUGGUUUGUUUUUACCAUCUUCAUCUCUUUGGAAACCUGACAUUUCCUUCCCCACUCAAUUUCUGAGAGUGGCAUUUUGCUCUCUUGGAUGUCAGCUCUGGGGGCUGUGGAGUUUUGUGUCCUGCUUUGUCCCCUGGGUCUCAUGGUCAGCACUUCCACAUUGGUCCAGGCCCAUCCUAAGCUGCUGUGUAGGUUUGUGUAACCUCUGCAUUAAAACACACACCUGCUCAUUCACCUGAAGGUUGCAUAGUAUUUUCUGAUCCCUUACAGCAAAGUGGAAGGGAAAAAGCAAAGUUCAGAGAAUAUGCUGGUAAUUGCAGGUAUGGAGUAAGCUCAUAGUCCAGCUUUUGUAACCAUGGAUUUAAUGUUUCUGAAGCACAGUUCUGGGAGCCAGUGUAAUGAACAGAUUUCAAGUUAAAAUUUUUUAAAUUUCCAGCAAGUAUUCAUGUUGAAUUAUCUAAAUGACUCUGUAGAGUAAGUAGCUAGACAAACAAGAUUUUAAAAGAUUUUUUUCCAUCCAGAAGUAAUUGUAACUUGAGCACAAUUGUGCAUUCGUAGGAUUGUGAUCAUAAACACUGUUUAAGUGCAAUACUUAACACUGAAGGAGCAUUCUAGCUGUGUUUAUGAAGCACUGCUUGGGUACAUAGGGUUGUUGACAGGCUUGUGGUGUUGUUGCUAGGUAAUAAUCAGGAUAUCUAUGCUGAUUAUGGGAUUAGGUUUGAAGCACAAAUGUCUUUGAUUCAUGAGGUAGAUCUGCUUUGUGAGUGAAGCCUGGGCAGCCUGUGGAAGACUUGUGUUGUCCUCCACUCUCCAGCCAGGAUGCUUUUUGCAAAUUCAUUUUUUGAAAGAACGAGGGAUUCUGCACGCCCAGCUUUCUUUCCAAGUAGUCUUUGUGUUAUAGAAUGAACAAGCCAAUACUGACCAGGAAAGAUGUGUGUAAGAUGAAGGGUUUUAUCAUUGAGGAAAGAUGUGUGUAAAGAUAAAGGGUUUUAUCAUUGAGUGCCAAAUACUCUGUUCAGAGUUGAAAACACAUAGAAUAUCUCAUUAAAAUCACUGUUGAUUUGUAAGAGAUUCUUUAAAUGAGAAAAGUACAGAAGUCUCCCAUAAAGGGUUAACACUUUAGCUGCUGUUAGCAUUAAUAGCAAUACUGUAAGGUAUUUGAAUGGUAUAAGGCCAUUAGUUGCUGGCACAGCACAAGAAGUGAUGUACAAAGGAGAUGUAGCAGUGGUUAUCUGUAGUUCUUUAAUUUCAGCUAUUUCCACCUUCCUGGCACAGAUUCUAUCCUCUCUGGCAGUGAAACUGUCACCCCUGUUCUAGAGAGGGAUGGUCCAGGCACCAGUGUUGGGACUGCCCAGAAGCACCAGCUUAAAAAAAAAUGCAGAGGAAAAUACAAUUGUUAGGAAGGCAGUAGGGUGAAAAUCACUGCUCAGCUGGUGUCUCCUUCCAUGAAUGCCAAGCAUAAAAGUGGGCUUGCAAAGAGAACUUCCAUUCAUGUUUUAAAACAGUCACUGGGCAGGCUCAGGCACCAUGGUUGGAUGUUGCUGGAAACCUGCAGUGCCACUGUUGCCUCCUCAAUUGAGGUGACAGCUUAAAAGUUGAUGCUCUUUGGCACUUUUCCACCGAAAGUAAGAAAAAAUAAAUUUGACAACUAAUACAGUGAUGUAACAUCAAUCCAUUAAUAUUUGCUUUGGCUGCAUGUUGUGGGUUCCCUGUAAAAAAUGUUAAAAACUUCAAGUGGCUUUAGGAGCACUGCAGCAGCUACAGGAAUUCUGGCACGUUAGGGCAGAUGGGGUUGUGUAAACUUUAAUUAGGGCUUGGGAAGCUGAACCACACUGAUAAAUAAAACAUGUUAGCAGCCUCACCCAACUGGUUGCAGUUCCAGUUCCUUGCAUGUUAGUGAUUCAGAAGGGUGAGACUUACCAUGCAAAACACACCUGAAAUGAACUUGAAAAUAGCUUUUCCUUCAUCUGGUGUUGAACGAACUUUAAAAGAGGAAUUUCCCCCUGCCUGCCAAGUCUGUAUGAAUUAGUUAUUUCAUGAUUCUGAAAUGCCUGGUGCAUUCCUAGAUUUGAUGUAUUUGCUGAUUUUCAAAUGGAAUUAGGUUUUGUAAAUAUUUUGUCAGCCCCAUUUCAGUGGGUGUCCAGUUUCUAUAAAACCUGAAGAAAUGCUGUGUCAAACCCCUGUGUUUAGCCAUGGUUUAUCCUAUAGCAUCUCCAGCACUAACAGCAAUCACAGUUUGAGGGAGCAGGGAGAGAUUGCUUAGGGUUGUUUUCCAGUUAACAUUGCAUGUGUUUUCCUGCUUUUAACAUGGAAAUAGAAUUUCCUCCAAAUACAUUUUCCAGCAUAAAAAAAUGAAAUAAUUUGUGGUGCCAAACACUUCAAACUAUAUUGCUAAGCAUUGCCUCCUCUUAUUGCACUAGUUUUAAAAUUCAGUUUUUGAUCAUUUACUAUCCUUUUGAUGGCCUUUUAACUAGAUUUUCUCCCCAAACCAUUUUCUACUGCUGAAAAAUGCUUGUCCCCUUUUGAUUACAUCACAGAAAACUCAAAGAAUUUUACAACAGACUGUGGGUGAAAGAAGCACUAUGUGGGGUGAAGUAAUAAAUCAAAAUAAUCGGAUUUUAGUAUGUUUCAGAAAUUGAAGAUUAAUUUAUGAUUGAGAUGUGAUUGGGUAUUCUUAUGGAGUGAAAUACUAGAAUAUUCUUUUAUAAGAAAAUUUAACCCAUGUAAUCUUAAAUUCUGCAAUUAAAUCUAUCUCUAUAAUUGAUAUAGAAUAAAAUAAAUUAUUACCCAAAAUCGAAAUUUUGCAGUUGAAGAGCACACAAUGAGCUAUGUAAAAGUAUGAUCUUUACUUUGUGAAUCGUUUUAUAAGAAGCACUUUCCUAUUACCAACUAGCAUGUGAACGAAUUUUAGAUUCUCUCAAUUGUUAUGAUCUGUAAAAAUGACAUUUCUUCAAUCUGUCUGUUAAUGGAUAAAUCCAUCCUACAAAUGCUGAAACAAAGCACCUUAUACUAUGCUGCUUAAACUUGCUUGUAAUUGCACCUUUUGUUAUCUGCAGAGUUUUCUUAAUGAGUAUUCUUGUGUGAAAUCAUUGUUCCCUGUGGGUCUGGGGGACAGUUAAAUAACCUACAGCAUCAUUUACUUAGUUUCUCUUUCAAUACAACAUUGUAUUGUGACCUUAGUGCUUCAGAAAUAAAUGCUAAUUUCAUUUGUC